AUGCGUCCUGCAAUCCUUGUCGCGGCUUACGCUGCUUAUGCUUCUGCUCAAAACCUCGAUGUCGAUGCCAUUGCCGAAGCCGACCCCAUCCCGACACCUGACAUUCCUGUCGUCUACUCGACCAGCUUCGACUAUGCUCUGCCAUCUGCCACAGUCAUUGCAGAAAGUGUUGCCUACGACGCGUCUGCCGCCGCAGCUUCCGUUUCUGCCGAAGUCGCUGCCGAUGUGGUUGACGCACAAUCCACUGACUCUGUCACGAAGCGCGAUACCACGACAUCAUGCACUGCUCUGAAGGCCCUGGCCCAAGGUGAUGGCACUUACAUCUCGCCUGCUGGUACCAAGUACACUGUCCAGUGCGGUACUGACUUCAGCGGAUACGACCUUGCCGCCGUGUCUGGCUCUUCGUUCGCCAAUUGCUAUGUGCAAUGCGAUGGCUACCCAGGAUGUGUCAGCUUCUCUUUUGUUGGCGGCUCUGGCUCUGGCACAUGCUACUUGAAGCGAAGAGGUGCCGCUGCCAGCGUCAACGCUGGAGUGGAUGGAGGAGCUCUUUAUCCCAUGCCCACUCUCGCACCCAAUCUCUGUGUUGCACAGCCUACAGGCAUUGCUUACAAGUCUUCCCCCGACACACCUGAUGCUUUCCUCGCCGACCCCUACUACUCGUCGGUUGCCAACUCGGCAGCGGCGGCUCCUACAGGCUACUCCACCAGCUUCACCAACCUGACCGCCUCUAACAACGCACUCGGCUACCUCGGCUACAGUCUGAUGAACACUUACGAUCCCAGCGUGUGCGCAUCCCGCUGCGACAAGAUCGACGGGUGCCAAAGCAUAAACGUCUACUUCGAGAGAGAUCCCUCAGUUGACCCCAAUGACAGCUCUUGCUCCAACCCCACUUCUUACACGCAGAUCAAGUGCGUCUAUUGGGGAGGACCCGUCACUGCCAGCAACGCCGUCAAUAACGGCCAGUGGCGCAACAAUUUCCGUGUAGUCAUCGCAGGCAGCAAUGGAUACAGCAACAAGUCCAUCGACACUCCCGCCGGUUACACCGCUCCAAGCUACCUCGGCAAUGCUGCCAUCAACGCACCUCCCACUGACUGUGCGGGCUACAACAAUUCACUCGCAGGAUAUUUGUGGACUUCGGGCCCCUUCAAUGAUGGACUUUGCGCAACCGCCUGCUCUGCCUACAGCGCUGCUUCGCUAGCCAACGCUGCUGCCAACGGUGGUAUUGCUCAGACUUGCCAGUUCUUCAACACGUACGUCCUAAAGGCCGACGGCAAGGACGCCGGACAGUACUGCGCUCUGUAUCAGCAGAGCUUCUCCUCGUCCUCGGGCACAAGUUCCAAGACUACCCUGAACGGCAUCACCUACACAUUCGGCUAUUCGUACACCUCGACCAAUGCGACCAGCUCUGGCGGUCCCGCCAUCGAUUGCCAAGUCGCUUCCGCUUCUCGCAUCAUCGGGUCGUCGACCUUGCAGCCCUUCUGCUCCACCUUCCUCGGCUUCGACCCAGCCACUACCACCAUAACUGUCACGACAACUCCUUCAACCACCACCACCGUUACCACCAACUCAGCCGCCGUCAAGGUCACUACAACCAUCACCAGCACCGUCACUUCUCUCGUCGCCACUUCCACCGUCAUUCCCCAGAAGCGUGCAGCCGAUGUCCAGACUCCCCCUGCCUUGGGCUUAUUUUCCGCUUCUAUCAUCUCCUCUGCUUGCGCACUCCAAGCAACCAGGGCGUCCAGCACCAUCUCCAGUACUUCCACUGCAACAGCCUCUGUCGUGACUCUGACAAGCACCGUCGUCGGAAAUGCUCCUACCAGCACCCUCACAGUGACCGUGACGACCACCGUCGAGGCCACAGCAGUCGCCACUCCCUACGGCUGUAGCAAUCCCGGCGCCUGCAGCAAAAACACACUCAAGUCUUUCACCUGCGGCAACAAUCAGUGCGCUUGCGGUAAGACCAAGAACGGCGACAACGUCUGCUUCACCGUGUCCAAGUGUACCAAGACCUGUGAUCCUGAUACGAAAGGCAACAAUGAAUGCGAUUCUGGCGAAGUUUGCGUAUACGAUGUGUGCUGCAACAAUUCGAGUCAGACCUCUGGCAGAGGUGUUUGCCAACCUCUGGCUACCGCAUGUGCCAACCCUUCGUCCGCGCACCGUUUGUUCAGGCGUGGCGAGAUGAAGUUCGGUGAGAAGGUCAAGAGACAGGAUGAUGCUGAAGAAUGCAAUGCCUUGUCGUGCCCUGGUACUUGGGUUGAUGAGACUACUGGCGAUGUCAUCCAAGGCCAGGCUGGCCAAGUAUAG